CUGUCUCUUUAAAAAACCAAUGCUUGCUCUGGCAAAGGCAAUCAGGGGGUGGGCUUUAUGAUCUGGUGCUAUUGACGCUCGUGAGUGGGGUCUCGUGGCGAUGUUCAUUCAAAUCAGGAACGAUCGAACGGGCGAGCGCGAGUACGGAGGCCGAAAGUCAACCCAAUUCACUCACUCGCAAUCUCUGCUCGGAUAUGUAGUGUCAAUUCAACAUCCAAGACUGCAACGAAUGCCUACAACUCAUCUAGAUCAGCAGAAAAUAUUUGAAGCGCAGUACGAGCCGACUACUUUGAUUUCAUGUUAAUAAAGUACGAGGGGAAUAUGCGACCAAAAGGAAAUGCAUUUGUAGGAUGUCUAUGCGUGCUGCACGUUUGGAGCCGAUGUGAUGCUGGGACUCUAUGCCUCCGAAACUGACUCGAUGUUUUGGAGUUUCCAAAGUUCGGCUGUGUGGGUUUGUGCAUAAAAAUGAUCAUAGCUUUAGGUGUGAAUAGUUCUAUGGCUAUCUCUUCCUACUAAAUCUGGAUUUUAUUUUUUCCACGUAAGUUGGAUAAAAAAGACGAAAGACAUUUUUGGGAAUUCAAAGUAUUCAUCAGAAAACAAAACACUCCAAAACCAAGAGCAUACAAUGAGACUCAUACUCACCUCCAGUGCCAUACCUGUUGUUUGUGCACUCAUCUACUCUGCUUUCGGGUCCCGCCCCCGGCUGGAGGAUGCGCCCCCCCGGAUCGUGGAGCACCCCUCCGACCUGAUCGUGUCCAAGGGGGAGCCGGCCACCCUCAACUGCAAGGCGGAGGGUCGCCCCAGCCCCACGGUGGAGUGGUACAAGGACGGGGAGCGGGUGGAGACGGACCGGGAGGACCCCCGCUCCCACCGCAUGCUCCUCCCCAGCGGCUCCCUCUUCUUCCUGCGCAUCGUCCACGGGAGGCGGAGCAAGCCCGACGAGGGCGUCUACGUCUGCGUCGCCCGCAACUACCUGGGGGAGGCGGUCAGCCGCAACGCCUCGCUGGAAGUGGCCAUUCUCCGGGACGAUUUCCGGCAGGCCCCCAGCGACGUGGUGGUGGCGGCGGGGGAGCCGGCGGUCAUGGAGUGCAUCCCCCCGCGCGGUCACCCCGAGCCCACCAUCUCCUGGAAGAGGAACAACGUGCGCGUCAACGACAAGGACGACAGAAUUACCACGCGGGGCGGGAAGCUGAUGAUCUCCAACACCAGGAAGAGCGACGCGGGGAUGUACGUGUGCGUGGGCACCAACAUGGUGGGGGAGAGGGACAGCGACCCCGCCGAGCUGGUGGUGUUCGAGAGACCGAUGUUCACACGGAGGCCGCUGAACCAGGUGGUGCUGGUGGACGACACGGUGGACUUCCUGUGCGAGGCGCACGGAGACCCCGCCCCCACCGUGCGCUGGCGCAGGGAGGAGGGGGAGCUGCCCAGGGGGAGGUCAGAGAUCCGGAGCGACAGCACCCUGCGCCUGUUCCAGGUGCGCGCCGAGGACGAGGGCACCUACACCUGCGUGUCGGAGAACAGCGUGGGCAAAGCGGAGGCCUCCGGAACCCUGCAGGUCCGCGUCGGCCCAUUCCUUCCCCCCCAGAUCGUUAUUCGUCCGCGGGAUCAGAUUUCGGCCCAGGGGCGAACCGUCACCUUCCUGUGCGGGACCAAGGGCAACCCCCCACCCGCCGUCUUCUGGCAGAAGGAAGGAAGUCAGGUCCUGCUGUUCCCCAGCCAGCCCCCCUCGCAGUCCGGCCGCUUCUCCGUCUCCCUGAGCGGCGAGCUCACCAUCAGCGACGUCCACGCCGAGGAUUCUGGGUACUACAUCUGCCAGGCCAUCAGCGUGGCUGGGAGCAUCCUGACCAAAGCCCUCCUGGAGGUGGAGGAUGCACCUUCAGACCGGAUCCCCCCAAUCAUCCGUCAAGGGCCAGCCAAUCAGACGCUAGCCCAGGGGGCCACUGCACAGCUUCAGUGUCAUGUGAUGGGCAACCCUUCACCCAGCAUCCAAUGGGAGAAGGAUGGCCAGAGGAUUCUUGGGAAUGAUGCUCGCAUCAGCCUAAUGGAAAAUGGAACAUUACAGAUCGCAGUCCUGCAGGAAACAGACUCAGGGGUGUAUACUUGCAUUGCCUCCAGUUCCAGUGGGGAGUCCAGCUGGAGUGGAACAGUGACAGUCAGAGAAAGCGGAACCCCCACCGUCGCCCUGGCCUCCGUACCGCUCCAGCUCCCCGGACCCCCCCACAAGCCCAUAGUGACGGACGUGACCCUCAACAGCGUCACGUUGACAUGGCAACCCAACGCCCACGAGGGCGGGGCCGCGGUCACUUCCUACAUCAUCGAGGCCUUCAGCCAAUCAGCAGGUAGCACCUGGCAGACUGUGGCUGACCUGGUCAGGGUGGAGAAGCACACGGUCAGUGGCCUCUUCCCCAACACUGUCUACCUGUUCAUUGUGAGAGCGGUCAAUGCCUACGGCCUGAGUGACCCCAGCCCCAUCUCUGAGCCCGUCCGCACUCAAGAUGUGAGCCCCACAGGACAAGGUGUGGACCACAGGCAGGUGCAAAGGGAGCUGGGGGAGGUGGCGGUCCAGCUGCAGAAGUCCGUGGUCCUGUCUGCCACCAGCGUCAAGAUCUCCUGGACAGUGGACCGACAGUCCCAGUACAUCCAGGGUUACCGGGUGCUGUACCGGCCCUCGGGCGGGGCCUGGCUGGUUCAGGACGCCAAGGCCGCCCCCGAGCGCAGCGCCGUCCUGUCCGGCCUGCGCAAGGGCACCGAGUACGAGAUCAAGAUCCGCCCCUACUUCAACGAGCUGCAGGGAUUGGACAGCCCGCUGCUGCUGGUCCGCACGCCGGAGGAGGUCCCUAGUGCCCCCCCGCAAGCGGUAACAGUGAAGACGGUCCAGCAGGGCAACAUCUCCAGCGUCAGCGUGUCCUGGGAGCCCCCCCCUGCCGAGGCGCAGAAUGGAUUAAUCCAGGAGUACAGGAUCUGGUGCUUGGGAAACGACACGCAGGCCAUAAACCAGACGGUUGGCGGGAUGGCGUCGUCCGCCACCCUGAGCGGGCUGCAGCCCUCCGUCCUGUACCAGGUGGAGGUGGCGGCCGUGACCGGCGCCGGCGUCGGCGCUCGCAGUCAGCCAAUCGCGGUCCUCAUACCGCCCCCCGCGGAGCAGCCGGCCCCGCCCGCCGCGCCCGAGGACAGCGUCAGCCUGGCGGAGCAGAUCUCGGGCGUGGUGAAGCAGCCGGCCUUCAUCGCCGGCAUCGGCGGGGCAUGCUGGGUAAUCCUCAUGGGCUUCAGCGUGUGGAUCUACUGCCGCCGCAAGAAGAGGAAGGAGCUGAGCCACUACACCGCCUCCUUCGCCUACACCCCUGCAGUGGGAUUUUCUCAGGGUGAAGGACUGGGUCUCAUCAACGGAAGACCCGGCAUCCUGGGCACCAACAUGGGCAACUACCCCUGGCUGGCAGACUCCUGGCCCACCACCAACCUGGUCCACGGCGGCAAGGACUCCAUGAACUGCUGCACCGCCAAGCACGACUCUACCGAGAGAUACUACAACGAAGUGGGAAUCUCCAAUUAUCUGAGUCAAACGGAGAAGUACAGUCAGGGGUCCACGGAGGGCCCCAUCUACAGCACCAUCGACCCGGCGUGUGAGGACGUGCACCCCUUCAGCUCGCCCUACGCCCAGCACGCCGCCCCCUACGCCGGCCCCCCGGGGAUGCCCUUCCCCGGCCUGGCACCCGCCAGCCCCGAUCUGGAGGGCGAGCGCUGGACCAUCCAGCCCGGCCCGUCCGGGGUCCAGUACGCCCAGCCGGACCGCUCCCGGACCGAGAACGGGAAGCUGUCAAAGCAGAAGUCGAUGGGGAAGGCGGUGAAGACGCCAUCGCUGAAUUGGGAGGAGGCUCUGACCCCGCCCCUUGCCCCCCUGGGAACUGACUAUCACUGCGAGGAAGUGGGGGACGAGGACGAUAUGAGAGGGGAGGAGUGGUGUCCGCCCCUGCCGGAGAGGACCUACCUCAUCGACGGCACCCUGGAGGAGAUUCGAGGAGGGGGGUCGUCCCCCGCCACCUCCUACAGCCACCAGUCCACGGCCACGCUCACGCCCUCGCCCCGCGAGGAGGGGCGGGGCCCCGGGGGCACGCCACACCCCCACCACCUCGACACGUCCCAGCUGACACGGAGAGGGCCCUGUAUACCUGUAACUGUGCAAGGGGUCCCCGGCCCCCCCCUCGCCCAAACCGACCCCAGCCUGUCAACCAAUAGCAGCACCCCCGAGAUCGGCACACCGCUCCACUCCUGCCAUCGCCAGGACGCCAGCCAGGGGGCAGCACUGAGCAUAGAAAACGUGAGCGCCUGUGGGCCAGGCCGAUCCCGCCACCUCCCGUCCGAAGGACCCCACACGCCUCAGGGUCACAAGUCCAGGGCCAAAAAGAAGAGCUCCAAGGGCAGCCAGUACCGACGGGACCAGCUGACCCAAGGAGACCUGCCCCCUCCCCCGGUGCCCCCCCCUGCCGACGAGCGGCUCCUGGAGGACGUCCUGAACUGCGGGCAGACGACGCUGGACAGGGAGAGGACUUCGCUGUCGUCCAUGGAGAGGAGAGGGGAGAACAGCGCCCCCUACAGGAAGGGACAGGCGCAGCGGCACAAAGAGGACGAGGACGUAAUCCCGUACUGCAAACCCGGCUUCCCCUCCAGGGGCCCGAUGCCGAGCAACUGCUCCACGACAGGAAGUCUGUCAUCGCGCGGCUCCACGGGGUCAGGCAGGAAGCGCAGCGAGGAAAUGAGAUAAGUGGAAGCGGCUGCUCAGUCAAUGCUCCGAACCAUUCUGUGUAGUAUCUUUUUUUUUUUACUUCUGGCUUUCUGUGGCUGAAGACGUAAAGACGAGAAGACGAGUGUACGGGAUCGUCGUCUGCCUGUCAAGCCCGAGCGAUGGACUGAGAGGAUUUUUAAAUCGUUAUUUAAACUUCCCGAUUUGUGUACAUACGCUCUCCUACCUCCAUGUGUACAUAGCCAUCUUUAUACGUUUUUAUGUGGAUUCUGUGUGCCGCAGAAGAAAGAGAAUAUAUUGUAUUUAUAUGAAAGAAAGUAAAAAAAAUAAAAUGUCAGAAAAUUGUGAGAUAUUACAAAGUACCUGAUUGAAUGUGCCAAUUUUCUGUCAAAACGUAUACCUUUAAGAACCAUGAAUACAAUUGCACUUUUGUGAGAUGAAUGACAACAACAAAUAAGCACAAUCUGUAUUAACCAGCCUGUCAGAAAACAUUACUCCUUCACCUUCCUCCAUUGUUGUCAUUGGAUCGUAUCUGUGGUCCAAUGAGAAUGUUGCUUCUUGUGAUGUUUUUGUUUUUCUUAUUUUUAGAGAAAGCUUUGUGAUCGGAUGGCCGUCUGGAAGAAGCUGUCAUUUUGAAGAAGUGUGUCUGAUUUGUGCAAAAAAAUGUGAUGUGUUCUGUUCAAACUCCAAAAACGAUCCUUUCUGUUGACUGAAUUUUGGUAUUCGUAUUGUUUUGUAAAAAUGCAAUAAAAUAUGUUUGUUAAACAA